CAUGACACAAUACCUGUUCACCUACCGGGUACUGGCGUUCUUUCGUGUUCCCUUUUGACCAAAGGGGUUCCUUCAAAGCAUUCUCAUCGGGGGGUGCUGCAGCCCCCCACUUCCCGCGCCACUCCUGAAGGCAAACGCAAUCCCAAGCAUCAAGUUGAAGAGUACAGACGUGGAAGAUGAGGAGAGGUAAUCCAGGCCACAGCGAGCAACUGUAAAACAAAAGAAAAUGAGGUGUCCUUCAGACGUCACUAUAAAAGAGCUUCACCCUGAGAAGCACCCUCCCCUCCAAAUUAAAGAGGAGUCGGAGAUGCCAUACAUCAAACAGGAGGCGGAGCCAGAGACCCCCAACAUUAAAGAAGAAGAACAAGAAGAUGAAAUCACCAAGUCUCCAAUGACUGUUCGUGUGAAGAGUGAAGAAGAUGAAGGUCCAAGCGAAGAGAGCGGAGCAGCAGAACUUUGGAGCAACAGCUUACUUCAACACCUGACAACAAAAGAAGAGGGACGGCCGCAACCUGACGGUUUGUUUGCGCCACUCUCGGAAAGUGACGACGUAACAUCACACUCCUCUGACUUUAACACUGAUGAGGCGGAUAAUGACUUUGAGCAAAAUGCUUCCAAAUCCCUAAAAGGGUCAUCACCUUUUACCUGCUCACUUUGUGACCAAACAUUUUCUUGGAAGCAUCACUUAAAAAGACACAUGUAUACACACACAGGGCAGAAGCCUUUUGCCUGCUCACUUUGUGAUAAAAGAUAUUGUACAAAGUAUCAGUUGACAAGACACAUACGCACACACACUGGGGAAAAGCCUUUUGUCUGCUCAACUUGUGGCAAAGGAUUCGCUGAGAAAGGAAGUUUAAGCAAACACACAAUGACACACACUGGAGAGAAGCCUUUUCCCUGCUUAUUUUGCCAUAAAAGAUUCUCUCGGAAAUCCCAUCUAAACUGUCAUACCAAAUCACACACUGAAGAGAAGCAAUUCGCCUGCUCACUUUGUGAUAAAAGAUUUUUUACGAAGCAUCAGUUGACAGGACACACACGUACACACACGGGGGAAAAGCCUUUUGUCUGCACAACUUGUGGUAAACGAUUCGCUGAGAAAGGAAGUUUAAACAAACACACAAUGACACACACUGGAGAGAAGCCUUUUCCCUGCUUAUUUUGCCAUAAAAGAUUCUCUCGGAAAUCACUACGAAACUGUCAUACCAAAUUACACACUGGAGAGAAGCAAUUCGCCUGCUCAGUUUGUCAUAUAAGAUUUCGCACGAAGCAUCAGUUGACAGGACACACACGUACACACACGGGAGAAAAGCCUUUUGUCUGCACAAUUUGUGGUAAGCGAUUCACUGUGAAGGGAAGUUUAAACCAACACACAAUAACACACACUGGAGAAAAGCCUUUUGUCUGCACAGCUUGUGGUAAACGAUUCAUUCAUAAGGGAAGCUUAAACAGACACAUUAGAACACAUAUUGGAGAGGAGCCUUUCAAAUGAUCAUAGUAAUCAUAGAUUUUAUUUAUAGUGCGCUUUUACCAAUGCUAAAACACAGUUGAAACAAAGAAAAGGCUAACACCACGUUAGCUAGAACCGGGCGGUAAAUCGAAAAUUUACAGUUUCCGAGAUUCUUCAUGAUGGGCGACGUAAUUCUGACCAUCUUGGUAAAUUCGGCAAUUGAAUAAAACAAGAAAAUAUAGUCUUUUCAUCCCGCAUUGACUCUGUGUUGUUGGGCUCUUUUCAUUCCCCUUUAAAGUGAUCCUCGAUCUUUAAGACAAGUAAUUCUUAAAAGAUAAAUGUUAGUAUGAGUUAUAACAAUUUGAUAUUAAAACCCCUCUUCAGGGGUCGCGUUAACCGGAUAUUUUCCAUCGUUGACCGGUUUUUUAAAACGGUGACGGAAAAACUGAAGUCCGUCCGUCAUUUUGACAGGUUGCAAUUCACACCCCAGACCACAGGGUGACGAGUGAGCAUAUUAAUUAGCUAUUGUCUCUCUUUUUGGGCUGACAACCGCAAUUAAGAUCAUUGUGUGACGUUGGUGAUUGGGGUCUAUAUUGUUGCCUCUUUUUCCUUGGGGGCGGAGUAGUUGGCGGUAAGCAGAGUAAAAAGGGAGAAAAAUACCACGACUUCCGUGUCUAAUUUUUCGCCGCCAAGCAAGCGUUACAAUAUUAAUUAAAAAUGAAUGAAAACUAAAUACUAUUGAAUAUAUCAUCAUUGUCAUUUUAAAAAUUUAAGUGACGGCUAAAAAUAGAAUAUGACCGGAUUUUUAUGACCCUGUCAGUCAAAAUGACAGACGGCGAAAAUGUCUAGCGCAACCUCUGCCCCUCUUAAUGUUUUUGUUUUAAUAAAAUUUGUUAAAUUUUAAGUGAUCAGUUGCCAUUCUUGUUACGUCGCAGUGCGUGACGUCACCGGGCUCGUUGCCGAAAUUCCAGCGUGUCACUCGUUAGCUUUCGCAACAUGUCAUCGGUUCUACCAUUCCUAUUUGAACCAGGUCUGUGAAGAGUGAAGAGCAGAACAGCACUGUCGGUCGUUCACAAGACGGGCAGCAGGGAAAAAUGCGUGCAGCAAAUACCUGAUAAGACAAAAGUUGGGCAAAACUGAUGAUGCACUCGCGGCAAGUGAGUCUCAAUGACAAUGGAGCGAGAGAGUGUAUGCUGUUGGGAACUCCGGUUUUAGUAGCAGAUAUUCAAGGUAAGCAGAUUGCGUUUUCAAACUUAUCCCAAUAUACUUAUGUAGAUUGUUAGCAUCCAAAGCUGUCGUGUGCUUUACAUACAGUACAGGCCAAAGAGCACACCUUGUGUAAUCCAUAUCUCGCACAUUAUAACGCGUGGUAGGUAGGAUACAUGUAUAGAAGUACCAAAAAGGGGAGAAGCUUCCACUUAUGCACAUUUAUUCAUAAAAAAUAGUAUUUCCAUCUUGACCACUCUUCACUCGGGAGCUUAGCAGUAUGCAAACACGCGUUCCCUGACGAACUCCAACAUUAUUGUAAGGUCCAUGUCAGAGUCACUGUCGUCACUGUAAUGUGCCAUAGUGCUUUAAUUAUUUGGCAUGAUUUGAGGAAAACUCCCACGAAGAAUAGUCAACAAAAAAGAUAGCAAUAAUAAUCCAAAUCCGCGUUUUUUACUCUCUCGAAGAUCCAGGAAUUAGACCGAUCCCAUGGCAACGUUGCAGCCGCGAUCAGGCCGUCGAUUCCACCAAAUAGACUGAUCGAAAAGCCGCUGUGGGACCGACGAAUAAAAAAAAUGGAUCCGAAACCAAUAUUGCAGACGCGGUGGGACCGUCGGGUCAAGAAAAUAGACAGAUCCCUUACUUGACUGAGGAUCCAGGAAAAAUGUUCGGGCGCCAGUGGUAACGCGUGGUGGGUAGGAUACGUGCAUACAGGGACCAAAAAGGGGGAGAAGCUUCCAUUUAUGCACAUUUAUUCACUAAAAAUAAUAAUUCCACCUUGACCACUCACGUCACUCCCCUUGUUUCCAUUUGACUGGAAAUUGCAUCCAAAAGUAGCACAUCGUGGCAUUUUACUUCGCGGGUUUAGCCAGCAAUAAGCAGUUGUUGUACACGCUACACAUUUGGAAAGAUCCCAUUUACGUCAUCAAUGCGAGCCCGCAAACCAUGGCGCCAACUAACGGUCAAAAUAUGUACUAAAUAUUAUAAAAUAUUGCCAUUGAUUUAACAUUUUAUGUGUUUCUAACAACAUAUUUUAGUACAAGAGAACAAUUGUGGUUUAUUAGAGCCUACAUGUAUUUAAGGUAGAGCAUUACUUUAAGAAAGCAGUCGGUGUGCUUACGUAUAAAGUCACGUGAUUAGCACUCAGGAAGUCAAACAAACAAGCCCGGUAGGCUAACACUAGCGGCUAACCCUACAAGGAAAGGUGAUGGAGUUUGGCUUAAAGGAGCUUCGCCAAACUUUCACCUGACAUUCAGUAGCCUCUUUGCGGCCCCCAGACGGGCUUUCACCUGCUUUCCUCCCUGGUUCUCACAAUUUCAGGAGCGUGCGUUUUCAGUGCUUUCUGCUGAUAGCCAGGCCACAGGGUAACGCUAGCGGCUAACAGCGGCUACAAAUGAACGUGAUGGAGUCGGAUAGCAGCUCUAACCUUGUCGAAACGGCCGAACUUAAUGAGUGGAUUGUGCACGGACUGCAGCUAGCAAUUAGUAUGUCGCGUUAUUUUGUAUCCUUUAUAAUGUUAUAGCAUUCUGCAAAAAAAAUUAUAAUCCAACAGUGACUGUUUAAGGGCCACAGCUAUUUUUUUGUAUGUGCUUGCUUAAUUGUUUGUCAUUACUGCCAUCAUAAAAUCUCACAUUUUCAUUGGCACAAGAGCAAUAAAGUUUUAAUGCGUGUGUGUGUUUCUGUGUGAGGGGUGCAUGGAUUAAAAAAAUGGUAAAAAAACCCUGAAACCUUGAAGUAAACACUUGCGUUGAGUAAUUAUGUCACAGCAGCCAUUAACAAAAAGUUGUCUGUUUGAAGUUUACUGUUCAAGCUGUAAGGCAUUUGUGUUACAAUGACAUCUUUGCACAGUCGUCGUAUUGAUUUUUAUAAUGUCGUACAUUGUUCAAGUCAUACAAGCUGUUAUAAAUGUUCAUACGUCUUGUUUACAAGAAUUUUUAACAGUAUAUACUUAAUGUUUAGACUACAUGUACAUUUAUUAAAUAUUUUAAAUUGAAAGCUGGUAAAUAAAUCAACGAGAAACAGUUCAUUUGUAUUUCAUGCAUUAAUUCAGAUUUUCAAAUUAUAAAACAGUCCGCUUGGGCGAAUUUAUCGUUAUUGAGGUAAAUCUGCUCAUUUUUCAGUGAUGCGUAUUUAAGGCCAUAUCGCCCAGCCCUAACGUGCGCAGUUCAAAACAAUAGAGAAAAGGAUUACAAAUUAAAAGCCAGUUUAAAAAGGUGAGUUUUAACAAUUUUUUGAAGGUUGGAAGAUCAGAACAGGUGCGGAUGGGUUUUGGGAGUGAGUUCCAAUAUUUUACUUAUGGCUUACUGCUUUUCACAAUUUUAUUUUUGUUUGUUUACAAUACACUGAUGCUUUCCUGCCAACGAUCGUCCCUAUAUGUCGGUAUUACAUCAGUAAACAGCAUGCACUGUUAGCAUGCUCAGUGCAAAAUUACCCUCCAGCUGAUUGUGCCUGCAGCAAAAAUAAAAACUGUCCCUCUGUCCAAUGACAGUCGUUUUUCUAUUUUUGUUUUUUCGGUCAAAUUGUUUGGCAUAUUGUCUUUGUUAAUGUUGCUAAUCAGUUUGAAUUAUUAUUGAUUUGAUUUUAUUACAUAUUAAUUUUCUGUAUCAAAUGGUCAAAAAAUGUACCUUCUGUGAAUUGUUACAGUUUGGAGGUGACUUUUUUUUAUUUUGAAUUUAGGCAAUCUUAUGCGCUUCUAGACUGUUCUGUUACAAAAAGAACAAUGUUAAUAAAGUUGUACUUUAUCCUAAGUUGAUUUUUUUUUUUUUUUGCUUUAGUAGAAAUAAAAGACAAAUGUUAUGCAGAGGUGUACUUAUAAUAAUUUUAGAGACAAACGGGACUAUUUACAGUGGCAGCAGAGAGUUGGGGAAGGGCGUAAGUCUUCGUGGGGGGGCAUAACAGAAAACAAUUGAAGCACUGCUAUACGCUGAGAGGUUUUUCAGUUAUAUUUAUUUAGACGGACUGUUGAGUGGUCUUAAGUAGAGCAGGACGGUAAACCGAAAUUUUCCCGUUACUGAAAUUCUUCACGAUGACCAACAUAAUUUUGACCAUGUCGGUAAAUUCGGUAAUUUAAUGAAAAGUCAGUGUGCUUACGUAUGGAGUCACAUGGUUUUUAGGAAGCCAAACAAACAGAAGCCCAGUAGGCUAACGCUAGCGGCUGACGCUACAAGCAACCGUGAUGGAGCCGGGCUUAAGGGAGCUUUGCCAAACUUUCACCUUACAUUAAGUUAACUCUUGGCGGGUUCCAGACGGGCUGUCCUCCGUAGUUCUCACGAUUUCAGGAGAGGAUGCUUUCAGUACUUUCUUCUGGUAGCCAAGCCACAGGCUAACGCUAGCGGCUAACGGUACAAAUGAACGUGAUGGAGUCGGAUAGCGGCUCUAACCUUGUCGAAACGGCUGAAAUUAAUGAGUGGACUGGGCGUGGACUUCAUCUAGCAAUCAUUAUGUCGCGUUAUUUGGUAUCUCUGUGUGAUUUCUCUGAAAGCUUUCAUGAUGGUAAAGCACUCAGCAUAAAUUAUAAUCCAACAGUGAAGCCUAUAUAUAAUGACAGUUUAAUGGCCACAGCUAUUUUUCUGUAUGUGUUUGCUUUAUUCUGCCAUCAUAAAAGCUUAAAUGUUUAAUGGGCAUCAGAGCAAUGCAGCUUUAAUCUGGUUGUGUCUGUGUGGGGGGUGUAUGUAUUAAAAAUGUUCUGGGAAAAAAACCCUGAAACCUUGACGUAAACACUUGUGUUGAAUAGUUAUGUCACAGCAGCCAUUACCAACAAGUUGUCUGAAGUGUACUGUUAAAGCUGCAAAUCAUUUGUGUUACAAUGACAUGUUUGCACAGUCGUCAUAUUAAUUUUUAUGUUGUACAUUUUUCAAGUCAUACAAGCUGUUAUAAUCUUCACACUAGAAUUAUUAUUUUUUACAGGAUUUUUUUUUUUAUACUUAAUGUUUAGACUGCAUGUGCAAUUGUUAAAUUGAAAGCUGGUAAAUAAAUUUAACGAGAAACGGUUAAUUUGUAUUCCAUGCAUUGAGUCAAAUUUUCAAAUUAUAUAACAGUCCGCUUGGGCGAAUUUAUCGUCAUUUAUCGUUAUCGAGGUAAAUCUGCUCAAUUUACCGUGAUACAUACUUGAGGCCAUAUUGCCCAGUCCUAGUCUUAAAACUGUUUAUUUUUUUGUUCUCCUGGAUAGUUAAGAGAUUAUUAACAAGUUUGUAUUAUUUUUUUGUAUUCCUGGAUAGUUAAGAGAUUAUUAACAAGUUUGU